AUGACGUCAUUUCCGAUAGGUCUACCUGCAAACACCACCAGCAUUAACCUGCUUGGCUCCUUCAAUAACAGAAACUCUCUAUCAACAUUGAAACACUCAGCUUUGUCAGCGUUCUCGCAUCUUGAAGAUUUCUACGUUACUUACAGUGAGGUGACAACGUUGGACGAUGACUUGUUUCAAGGAUUGACUAAACUAAAACGCAUUGCCCUGGAACAUAAUAAGAUCUCCCAGAUAAACACUGGCAUCUUCCAUGCCUUAAAUGAUGUUGUCUUCGUGGAUCUGACUGGAAACACGGGAUGUAAGAUCGCCGAUGACGCAUUUGCUUCCUUGAAGAACCUGCAAGAUCUAUUUCUGGGUGACCUUAACCUUGGACAUGCUUCCAGUGCCAUGUUCACUGGGUUGACAAAUCUCAGAAACCUUGAUCUCCAUGGAAACAAUUUUGAAAAGGUAUCUGUGCAAUUAUUUCAACAUUUGACAAACCUUAAGACUCUACACCUGUCCGACAAUAAAUUAGCAACUAUUCCAGAUUCGUUCGAGCUGAUCUUCCAGAAGCUGCAGAUCAUCCAUCUUUCAGACAACCCCUGGAGAUGCACAUGCGACAUUCAGUGGCUGAAGAACCUCACCCAGAGCGUGAUGUACUUGGUGUACUCGGGCAAUGUUCCGGUUCUGUCCAUCUCCAUCAACAGCAUCUGUUCUGUGUCUGUCGCCAUCAUCUACGCUCAGUCUUUGUCCUCUUUCGCUGUUCUGUCUUUUCGUAAUUCUCUCUCUUUUGAUAUAAUCUCAUGUCCGCAUUCUGCCACCAUCAACAUAUUCUGGCUGCGCUGUUUUGACAGUGCCAUCUCCUUCUCUUCCUCCAGUACAACGAUCUCCUCUCCUUUCGUCUUCAUUGCUAUCACAUUUUCCCUGCAUUCCCACCACAGCACCAUCUCCAAGUCCCACCUCUAUUCCUCCACAAACGUCAUCGUUUCCUUUAUCCAUUCCUUCAGUGUUGUAAUGGUAUUUCUUCCAUAUAAUACCACCGCCAUCACCACAUUCUCCCUGUUUUUCACCAACAGAGCCAUCUCUGAACCGUCUUUCUCUUCCUCCACCGACAACAGCGCCUCCUCCACCUCCAAGGAUGUACUCAUCUCUCUCCCAUCUUGCUCCAAACCUCUCAUAUUCUCCCCGCUUUCCAUCAACAGUGUGCUCUUUGUCUCGUCUUUCUCUUCCUCCACGAAGAACAGUUCUAUCUCCACCUCCAGUCAUAUACUGAAAUCUCUCCCACCUUCCUCCCUACUUGCCAUCAACAACGUCUUCUCCUCCACUUUCGUCGUCAAUGUCGUCUCUAUCUCCACCUCCAAUGCCUUGUACAUCCUCGAGCACGAGCAAGGUCGUUUGCAAAUGUACACAAGGUCGAAUCUAUUACAUAUUUCCCUGCUUCAAUGCCAAUCUUUAAACAUGCAUAGUAUUCAUGUCUAGUGCUAUGUGCUAAUAUAUUUGUCCAUUAU